AUGACUGUGAAAGUCUUUGAAUUAGCACAGAAUCAAGAAUUUUGUUUUGAAGUGAAUGAGAAUCAAACAAUUGAAAUAAGAGUUGAAUGUGGAUUAGGCGAGAUAAAAGGGAGAGAAUUGAUCAUUGAUAAAUGGUAUGUAUUUACAGACAUAAAGAUGUCAAUUUUUACAUUUACUGGAUGUAAGUUAUCUGUUGAUGAUCGAGAUGAUCCAGUGUUGUGUUAUAUCUCUCACUCGAGUGUAUUUCCACAUAUAUUCAACUUCUUUCAUGAAAUAAAAGAUUUGGAUGAGAAUAAUUUGAAUAUUUUAGUUUUGGGAACCGGAAGAAGUACUUUUACUGCAACAUUAUCAAAUUAUUUUUUAAGAUUACAUCGUAAUGUAUUAUUAACUGAACUUGAUCUAUCCAAAGGUAACAUAUUUCCAGGUACUGUGUCUACUAUGAUUGUAGAAAAUUUAAUAGAAGAUUAUUUUAGUAUAAAUAAUCCAUAUUGUCUGUUUUAUGGAUCUACAGAAAUUAAAAAUAAAGAACUUUAUGAGACACAAAUGAAAUUAGUUAGGGAUAGAGUAAUUGAACAAAGAAAAGAAUUUUUACUACCUAAUUUUAUUAUCGGUAUGUUUUGGGAGAGUUCAAUGCUUCAAAAAACAAUUGAUAUUUUUAAGGUUAACAAGAUUGUUGUAAUAGGAAAUGAAAGACUUUUUCAUAAAUUAGACGUUAAGAUUCCCAAAUAUUUUAUAGAAAAUUCUAAUUACAUUUAUGAAAAUACAAUUGGAAAAUCAAUUAAACGUUAUUUUAAUGGUACUCCAUCAAUGGUAUUUAAACCAUGUAGAAUAAUGUUAAAUAGAAAUAUUAUAUCAAUAAUUAAGCUUAAUGAAGAUUUUAUGGCACCAGAAAGUGCUUUACCAUUAGGUACCGCAAGGAAGAGUGGGGUAUCUGGAUUGGUUGAAGUAGAAAAUAUGAGUGAAAAUAUUGUUAUGUCUAUUUCAGAGACAGACAAUAAAGAUAAGGUUUUUACAACAUCUAGUAUGGGGUUUGUUGUUUGUAUUGAUGAAAAAAAAGGAAGAAUUUUAGCUUGUCAACCUAAAAUUCCUAAAUGCAAUUAUUUAGUUUAUGGUGAUUUUAAAUACAUUGAUUUAUAA